AUGAGGCCGUUUUACGUUGCUCUCAUCUUGGCCGCUGUCGCAUCGCCAGCUCACGCCCAAUUCAACACAAUCGUCAGACUGCUCAACACCUUUGGCCUGUCCAAGCCCCUUGAAUGUGUCCUCCCGUGCGUCUUGGCCUCGACCAACGAUGUGCCGUGCCACGAAAGCGGUGCCGCCGCCAUAAUAUGCCACAACAUUGAUGCCAUUGAGGAAAAGACGAAGCCUUGCACUGCUGAAUGCAACGCUGAGGUAGCUUCCAAGUUUGUCGUCGACGUAGUGCGCUACGUCUGUGGCCACGACGGUCGCGAGGCGCCGUCUAGCGAGGAAUCGUCGUCUAGUACCGCAGGAGAAUCCUCCGGGAAGGCUGAAGACAAGAAGCCAGCGGAUACUGAGGCAGAAAAGGCGGGUGAGGAGAAUGAAGGGUCAAACACAAAUGACGAUGCGAAGGAAGAGUUGUGA